ACUGCGCGCAAAAAACCCUAGCAGCUAAAUUCCCAUCCCCCACCUUCGAUCGAUCCCAAUGGCGACGGCGAGGCUGCGGUCAGCGACGGCGACCUCCCUCCGCGGCAUCCUCCUCCGCCACUGCUCCGUGGGGCCCGCCACCGGGACCCCGCACGCCGUCUCCCGCGCCACAGAUUUUCAGGUUCCUGGAUCUGCAACAUGGAGGCAUUUCUCAACAUGCAGACCUAAUCCUCUUGCAAAAGGAGAUAACUUUGGUUCAGUCGCUUCGUUGUACAUCCAGGCAAGAUGGGCUUCUCAUGCCACUGCUGUUAAAGAAACUGACCCCAGUGGUGGCAAGAUAAGCAUUGGUCCCAAAUCUAAGCAGAUCAAGGAGGACGACAAAGAUGACGAGGGACUGGUUUAUCAGGGGCCGAUCUCAUCAACCAUAAAGAAAGUGAAGCUUCUCUCCCUGUCCACCUGCUGCCUAUCGGUGUCGCUAGGCCCUGUGAUAACAUUCAUGACAUCACCGGACAUGAAUGUAAUCCUCAAGGGAGGAGUUGCGUCCACUGUGAUUUUCCUCAGUGCCACUACAACUGCAGCCUUGCACUGGUUUGUGAGCCCAUACAUUCACAAGCUGAGGUGGCGACAAGGUUCAGAUAGCUUCGAGGCAGAGAUAAUGUCAUGGCUGGCUACACCACUGAAAAAGACAAUCAAGUUUGCUGACAUCAGGCCUGCGGAAACUAACCGUCCUUUUGUCACCUUUAGGGCAGAGGGGAACUUCUACUUUGUCGAUGCCGAGCACUUCUCAAACAAGGCCUUGUUGGAAAGGCUCACACCUAAGCAUCCUAACGAGUCUGCAUUCAAAAACCUGUGAUGGAAGCUACCUGAUGGCUGGCACUUGAGCUUGUGAACCUAGUUGGACGUUUGGAUCUUUUUUCCCCUUGAUACGGUUUCCUGGGUAAUACUAAUGAGAUGUAGUUAUGUUAUUUCUGUUGUUUUAAUUCUGCUUGGCGCUGGUGUGGAAUAUUUGUAACUACAGAGAACAGGCGUGCUCCCGGACCAUUUUGAAUAAGUAGCAGUCACAUGUCAUCUGUGAUUAAUUGGCAGUUCAAAUUCUGUUCCACGCCAUGUUUAGUCUAUUUCUAACACAGUUUAAAUAUUUGUAACACAGUGACGGCACAUUAGAGAUCAA